AUGUUGUAUUGGCUGUGCCCAUCGAAUUUGCCCUAUUACGAUAGACUGAAGAAAAGCAAAGGUGUAUGUGUUUUGUUCUCAGAGGACGGGAAAGCCGCGCGUCAGGAUAGGGAGAAAGCCGAGCUUCUGGCCGACAUAUUUGAGAAAGCGUAUCAAAAGGGGAUAGAUCCAUGUGAAGAUUUCUACCGAUUUGCAUGUGGAAAAUGGGCAGUCAAUACACCUGAGAUACCAUUGAGUCAUGAACAAAUAUCACCAUUAACCAAAUUAAACGAUAAGUAUGAACGGGCUCAACGAGAGCUGCUGGCUUCAGAAGAAAGCUCAACAUCUCAAGCAAUUAUGCGAGCCCGUAGUUUCUAUCGCAGUUGCGUUAAUGCUGAACAAGAGUGGCAGAGCAAGGGAAUUUCAGGCAUAAACUACGUCAUGAGAAAAAUUAGAAUUGAAUUGGCUCUUGGACCUGAUGAAAACAGAACUCCCACAGUGCUUUAG